UCCCAUAAAUAGCCCCUUCCUCCGCAAACAUAGUUUGACAACGCCCUUCGUUUCCUUCUCCUGAUUUAGGGCCAAGCGCAUUUGUUGUUGCGUGCAAUCUCACCGUGACAUAUCCUCAAUGACCCUCAGGCUGAAUAGCAACUACUCCUGCCCAUAUGGAACAGUUGCAUUGAGCGUCAAAUUGCCUGUUGCGGCAAACCUCGCGCAGAUGUAUUAACUAGGUACCUUAGCUUAUAGAUUCGCUGCCAGCGCAACCGCCGCCCCGGGCCUGAGCUAAAUUCGGACCGUGGCUGCCUGUGGCGACCCAUGCCGCCGGUCCAAUUCUUGCAGAUGCGGGCGGCCGCACAAGACCCAGCGCGGCUUCAAGAAAAGCCCGGACAACAUUCCGGCCAGCCGUCUCCGCGCGUGGUUCGGCUUCCGAGCACCCCAAGUAUCACUCCCACUGACACUACACGUGGCGAUGCCCGCAGACUCUGGAAGCCGCGCGAGUACCACAAAUGGGAAUCGCCGUUCCUCACCGUGGCCUUCUUUAUCGUUGGCCUGGCCUUUAGCAUGGCUCACUGCGGUUUCUACGCUUCACUUGAUGGCACCAUUGUUGGAAAUCCUGCUGACCAAGAGAACAACCUGAUAGUAGGCACGGCAUUGGCCUUUCUAUCCCAGAUUACCCUGAGCGCCAGCGUAUGGCAAACUUACAAGCAAUGGAUCUGGCGGUCCAUCAAGAAGGUACCCCUGAGAAUGGCCACUCUCAAUGACAUCUUUGGGGUUGAGACUUCGGUACUUUCGUUCUUAAACCUCGAUAUGUUCAGGAAUUUCAAGCUUGGCUAUAUUAUGGCGCUGUUUGCCUGGACUCUCAUUCUCCCCCCAUUCUUCACCCCUGGUACUCUCUUCGUGUACAGCAGCCUCAAGGAGGAUGUGGUCAGCAAGCAGGUCCCUUAUUUAAAUAUCGCGAAUGGCAGCGAAGGUCACUACUAUGCCUUCUCACCGUCAGAGAAAGGGGACCGCUUCAACUUCAAAAAUGUCCUCAGCAGAGUCUUUAACGGGCCCAGGACCAUUCUAACACUCCUGUCGACGGCAACCGCUUCGCAAGGAGAAAUCCUGCCCCUCAGGCCGCCGAGCAACCACUCGGCUUAUACCCUCAGCUUCUUCGGCCCGGCUGUCCAAUGCACGCAAGCGAAUUCGUCUGUGGAGGCAAUUAUCAGCGAGCUCCUCGCUCGAAAAAUGAACGAGACGUCGGUGGGGACCCUGGUGGAAGUUCAGAAUGCUUAUUUCUCCUUCGUGCCGAGUUUCGACUCACAAGGCAAUGUCACGGCGCUCUGGGACGUACGCUAUCAAAGUCCUUCAGUCGCCUCAAACGAGGUCUGGAUGGCAUUUGAGCGCUACGGGAAUUCGACAGGCGGAAGUUGCGACCAUGAUAAGUACUUUCAGGUGUGUGACCUUUGGAACGCGACAUACGACCUGAGUCUGGCCUGGGAGAAUGGAUUCCAGAACAUUACGGGAUCUCGGGAACUACUGCAUAGAGUUGAGUAUCCCGCCGACGAGCCCGGCCAAGUCUCGAACAUGGCACAACACGCCUUCUCGGCCUUCUUCUGGGUUAUUUCUGAUCAAGUUGUGGGAUCAUUUGGCUGGUUUCAAGAAACAACGGCAAACGACUCGGAGCCGAGAUAUUUUGGUGAGAUUCAUUCUCCCAUCCAGCACAAUGCUUUGCUGGGAUCCUCGGACUUGGCUGUCUUCUUUGACUACAAUGAGGACAGGGAGGCAUGCCAGGUUCCCUACGCAAAUCUGUCAGCGCAGCGGCGGCAAGACAUCGACCUGGCUAAGAACAGGACCCUUGGCGAACUGAUCGAGGAGCUCAGCUUCAACACCACCGUCAGUCUCAUGCACAACAACAUCUACACAAAUGCAACCACCAGACUUGUAACUGUGUGGGAGAAAGUCAACCGAUACGGGUACAAUCAAACGGGGCUUUGGAUUCCCUACGCCCUUUCCUGCGCUUUCACUUUGAUUACCGUCAUCAUCGGGGUCCUUGUGCACAUCAAGCACGUGGUGAUCGGGCACGAGGUCAUGCCUGGAACAAAGUUCCAAGACAUUCUCUCUGCGGCGGACAUGCAAGUCAUCACCAUCGCAAGGGACCCAGACUCCCGGGGCCGGUCGUUGAUGGUCGAUUUUCAAGGAGGCAUUCCCACCUUUCGGUCCCCGGCAGUCACCUAGUGGCCUCGCCCGUCGUUGGCUUAAGCUCCUUCACCCAUAACGUGAACUCUUGUUUUGCAAGUUUUUGUUUUCUCGCUACAAGAUGCUGUCACAUAGAAACCGUCAGUAAAAUAUGAGUGGGCCCCUUUCAGACGGAUGAGAUACUGUCAUCGGAUAGCUGAUAUUACCUGAUCUACUAUGUUCUAGGAAGAAGAUACUUAGCUUAGAGGAACUGUAGAUGACCGGGCAGAUGAACAGCAUAAGACAAAGAGAUCAAACAUGAUCCCGAG